UCAGAUUCCGCAGUAGUACCGAUGGAGGUGGAGAUGGGAGGCCCGUAACUGAGAGCCCUGUAUGACCGAGCCUGUGAAGAAGGGUACACGGAGGUCUACAAUACCCGAUUUGUACUUGUGGGCAAGUUCGGUCAAGAGGAUCAUUUUCCACAUGCUGUGGCAAACGUAAUGAAGAAACUGAGGCAUGAGAGACAACGAGCAAAACAGCCUAAUUUACCACUCAAACAGAGUCAAAACCAACCUGACUCUGACGUCAUGGACAUAACAGAGGCAAUGAAGAAGACGAGGAUUGUGAAAGAAGGUGGGAAAGAGCCUAAAGCACCCAUCAAAGACAAACAAAGUCAACCAGAUGUUGACCUGCCGGACACCACAACAAUAAACAAACGUGUGGAACAAGCCCCGCACCCACUCCCAUCUGUAGCGAACAGACAACAGGGAACAAUCAGAGAGACAUUUCAAGCUUAUUUGAAGGCAACAAAAAUCUUCAGGAAACAGGAUGACAAAUCCAAUGUCACAGGCACCAAAGAGCACCCCCACAUUUCUAUCUGGGAUUUUGGGGGGCAGGAGAUUUUCUACAGUACCCAACAGGUCUUCUACACCCACCGGGCAAUCUACGGCAUGACCAUGGACCUCACCAAACCCAUCGACAAUCCUGUGGAAAUGUCUACUGAUAGUGGUCCAACUAGUCACUGCCAUAAGGAAAAAGACUUCAUCGACUAUCAUCUGGAGUCCAUACGGGCACACACGAGACCAGUAGUACUACAGCAUGAGGUCGGACGAACUCCAGCAGCAAGAGACAUCGAACCACCCGUGAUGUUCAUCUUUACAAACAAGGACCAAGUUACCGAGGAAACCAUACAGAAGCUUCACAGUGACACAAGAAACCACCUGAAAGGUAAGGUCAUUGACAAGCAUGUUAUUGACAGGUACUUUUCAGUGGACAACACAAAACGGAACCCAGAAGAUCCAUAGGUGUCGGAAUUGAGAGGAUUCAUCUUGAACCUGGCCAGACAGCAAAGCUACAUGGGAGAUAGAAUCCCUGUCAAGUGGUUAGAGGUCAAGUCUAAGUUGCAGGAUAUGUACAAAGAAGGUAGGAGAUACUGCAGCCUACAAGAAGUCAUGAAAGCAAUCGGCAGUCCGCCGAAGACAACCACGCCAGAAGAGAACGCCAUCAGCAUCCUGACCUUCUGGCACCUUUGUGGAGACAUCAUCUACUUCCCAAUCCAGAACCUCCGUGACUUCGUGAUCCUGGAACCACAGUGGUUCGUGGACGUUUGCAAAACCAUCAUCACCAUCCUGCAGUACCGAGAUCGUGAGGUGAAAGAUGAAUGGGAUAGGCUGCAGGA